UAGGUCUACAAUUCACGAUACACGAUCCACGAUCCACAUCCACAGGUCCACAGUUUGCUACCAGCAGUAGUAGAGUUAAUAUUGUGUUCGAUCCGAAGCCAGUUACGUGCCAAGUCUCGCGAAAGGAAAGUGAUUUAGAGAGAUCAGUGGAAAAAUGGCAGCCAGUCAAUACUACCAUGUGCAGUGCACACCAACUGUCUAUCCAGCGGACCCCUUCAACGCCGAGGAGGAUGCAGCUCUGCUUAGAACUGCAAUGAAAGGAUUUGGGACCGACGAGCAGACAAUAAUCGACGUCCUAGCCCACAGAGGCAUCGUCCAACGACUUGAAAUUGCAGAUAAAUUCAAAACGAUGUAUGGGAAGGAUUUGAUUUCUGAAUUGAAGUCGGAAUUGGGUGGGAAUUUUGAGAAAGCGAUCGUCGCGUUAAUGACUCCAUUGCCCGAGUUCUAUGCAAAGGAGAUACAUGAGGCUAUAUCGGGAAUGGGGACUGAUGAGGGCGCCUUGGUGGAGGUCUUGGCCAGCUUGAGCAAUUAUGGAAUCAAGACCAUUUCUGAGGUCUAUAAAAAUUUGUAUGGAAACGAAUUGGAAGAUGAUUUGAAAAGCGACACUUCCGGCCACUUCAAGAGGCUGUUAGUCUCUUUGUCAUGCGCGAGUAGGAACGAAAACCCGGAUGUUGACGAGGCAGCAGCGAUCCAAGACGCCGAGAGGUUAAUGGCCGCAGGCGAGGGUCAAUGGGGAACCGACGAGAGCACAUUCAACGCGAUCCUGAUCACGAAGAGCUACCCACAACUGCGGAGAAUCUUUAAAGAAUACGAGAGGCUCUCCGGGAACAGUUUGGAAGACGUGAUUAAGAGCGAGUUCUCCGGUUCGUUGGAGGAUGGAUACUUAGCAGUUGUGAGAUGCGCGAAGGACAAGACGUUCUACUUUGCCGAGAGGCUGUACAAAGCGAUGAAGGGCAUGGGGACUGACGACACAACCUUGAUCCGCAUAAUCGUCGCCAGAUCUGAGAUCGACCUUGGAGAUAUUAAGGAUGCUUAUCAGAUGAAGUAUGGCCAGUCCCUAGCCGGUGAUAUCGAUAGCGAUUGCCACGCUGAAUGGAAAAGACUUCUCAUAGCUAUGUUGUACUAAACAAGUAAAUAUUGUUAUACCGUACCAUAGACCUGAAGGACGGAGUAUGAGGUAGGGUUUUAGACGAGGGGAUGCGUGAUUCAAGAGGAUGAGAAGGGAACAUGGGAAGAAAUAGGGGGGAAUAAAUUGCUGGUCAGACUUUAGCGCCAUCUAUAACAUUCCGCGGGCUAUUUUGAAUCUGUUGUACAAUAGCUUCGCGCAUGCUCAUUGUUUGCAUGGUCAUUUGAGCAUGCGCUUAUCUAUCUAUAAUACGUAUUUUCAAUUGUACAUAGGGCCCGAAUUUAUAGUCGUUUCUCAGUUCUCAGUACUUAGGCCCGAAUUUAUAGUCUUCUCUCAGUUCCCAAGUUCUCAGUUUUUAAUCUGAGUUCUCAACUGCUUAUUGUAAUCUAUGUGUUUCGUCAUAUAUGACUGAUGAAAAUCGAAGAUAUAUUUUUAAAUAUAUUUUUUUAAUUUUA